UGAGAACAUUAUAAUGUCCCUUUGUGCCUCUUCUCACAAAGAGUUUCCUCAGCUGUUACCUGUUCAAGACAUGGAUAUCAAAAACUCACCAUCUAGCCUUAGCUCUCCGGCUUCCUACAACUGCAGUCAAUCUGUCCUACCCGUGGAGCACGGCCCCAUAUAUAUACCUUCCUCCUAUGUAGAGAGCCACCAUGAAUAUUCUGCCAUGACGUUCUAUAACCCUGCUGUGAUGAAUUACAGUAUUCCCAGCAGUGCCAAUAACUCAGAAGGUGGACCCGGUCGACAGAACACAAGCCCAAAUGUGUUGUGGCCAACUCCUGGACACCUCUCUCCCUUAGCAAUCCAUUGCCAGUCGUCACUUCUGUAUGCAGAACCUCAAAAGAGUCCUUGGUGUGAAGCAAGAUCACUAGAACCCACCUUACCUGUAAACAGAGAGACACUGAAAAGGAAAGUUAGUGGGAGCAGUUGUGCCAGCCCUGUUACUAGUCCAAGUUCAAAGAGGGAUGCUCACUUCUGUGCGGUCUGCAGCGAUUAUGCAUCUGGAUAUCACUAUGGAGUCUGGUCUUGUGAAGGAUGUAAGGCCUUUUUUAAAAGAAGCAUUCAAGGACAUAAUGAUUACAUUUGCCCAGCUACAAAUCAGUGUACGAUAGAUAAGAAUCGGCGCAAAAGCUGCCAGGCCUGCCGACUUCGGAAGUGCUAUGAAGUGGGGAUGGUGAAGUGUGGCUCCCGGAGAGAAAGGUGUGGGUACCGUGUUAUGCGAAGGCAGAAAAGUUCGGAUGAGCAGCUGCACUGCCUGAGCAAAACCAAGAAAAAUGGUGGACACGUGACCCGAGUGAAGGAGCUGCUGCUGAGCGCCCUGAGCCCGGAGCAGCUGGUGCUCACGCUACUGGAGGCGGAGCCGCCCCACGUGCUCGUGAGCCGCCCCAGCACGCCCUUCACCGAGGCCUCCAUGAUGAUGUCCCUGACCAAGCUGGCCGACAAGGAGCUGGUGCACAUGAUAGGCUGGGCCAAGAAAAUUCCAGGUUUUGUGGAGCUCAGUCUCUACGACCAAGUGCGCCUCUUGGAGAGCUGCUGGAUGGAGGUGCUGAUGGUGGGGCUGAUGUGGCGUUCCAUUGAUCACCCGGGCAAGCUCAUCUUUGCUCCAGACCUCGUUCUGGACAGGGAUGAGGGGAAAUGCGUCGAAGGAAUUCUGGAAAUCUUCGACAUGCUCUUGGCAACAACUUCAAGGUUCCGUGAGUUAAAACUCCAACACAAAGAGUAUCUCUGUGUCAAGGCCAUGGUCCUCCUCAACUCCAGUAUGUACCCUUUAGCUGCGGCAACCCAGGAGGCUGAGAGCAGCCGGAAGCUGACUCACUUGCUGAACGCAGUGACCGACGCUCUGGUCUGGGUGAUUGCCAAGAGCGGGAUUCCCUCCCAGCAGCAGCCCGUGCGCCUGGCUAACCUCCUGAUGCUCCUUUCUCACGUUAGACAUGCCAGUAACAAGGGCAUGGAACACCUGCUUAACAUGAAAUGCAAGAACGUGGUCCCAGUCUACGACCUGCUGCUGGAGAUGCUGAAUGCGCACACGCUUCGCGGGCACAAGUCCUCGCUCACCGGGGCCGAGUGCAGCCCAGCAGAGGAGAGUAAGCGCAGGGAGGGCUCCCAGAAGCCCCCGUCUCAGUGAUGCCCAGUCCCAGGCGAAGAGGCCACAGAGGAGGUCAGAGGCUGCAGUGUGAACUCCAGUGCAAACCGUGAGCUCCAUCCGGGAGUGGACAGCCUUCACCGUCUUGCUCGUGUGUGGUCCCUCAUUUGGUUAUGGCAGGCCCAGUCAUGUACCGUCCUUCACCCGACCUCCCCACUUCCCGGGAGUCAGGGUGAGAAAGCUGCAGUGUUCCUUGGUACCAUGGGGCAUGUUCGAAUGUGGACUUUACCUCUUACUCGGCCUCAUAGGAUCUUAGUGUGGUCCCUUUCUUACUUCCCAUCUCCCUUCCACCCCUCUGGAAAACAUGUUAAAGGUUUGGGAAUGAAUGGUGGGAAUCCGCUGUGGAAGGUUUGUACAGUAGAGAGGGAAGAGGCUGGGGCCCUUAUAGGAAGUGGACCAAGCUUUACUGUGCAACCUAACCUGCCCUCAGACCUCCGUUUGCUCUCUUCAGGGCCAC